UCUGUGGCAGGAUGACAGGUGUGAGUGUUUUUAUAAGGUUGAGAUUGGCCUGAACUUGGUUGCUAUGGAUACUGGAAAAAAAGGCCAAGGAAUAGUGAAGCAACGUAAGGCUAUGGAAGGCUAUGAUAUAUAACAUGUAAUACAUCAAAUAUCAAAAAGUACAUUCUUGUUUUAAAGGAAGGGGGAAAUACGUUAUUGGCGACAGAAGGCAUAUGAAGCUAAUGCGGUAUUUUAUCACGCAUAGAGAAAAUGUAGGAAGCUACUUCUGCCCAUUGCGCACCUGUUGCUGAUGGUAGGUGAUCUAUUUUAGACUGUUCUCGGUGAGUAUGGAAGUUGCAUGGUUAAAAUCGUCGGGAAUGGAGAAAACGUUUCGCCUUCAGGUACUGUCAUCAUAGUGUUAUAGCAAUUAGGAAUCUACAAAGACACUGGAACGGUUACGCACUUUAUUAAACGGACCAUGUGAACAUCUAUUUCAGUGAUGGGACAAUGGAGAUGAGAUUUUUUGGAGAUGAGGAUGCUUCCACAAAAAUUCAGAAUUCGAGCCUUAUAAAUGAGACAUGUAUUGCAGUAUUUGGAGAUCAAUCUGAAUAUUGACUUAAAAAAUAUAUUUUUAAUGUUUUAAAAAUAUUUCGUCCACUGAAAAUGGGACAUUUUCGUCAAACGGCAUACUACGAAUAAUCCUCUCUGUUAAAAUUUUUUUUUAAAAAACUCAGUAAUGUAAAAUAAACGAAGAUGUAGCAGGGAGGUAGACUAUUCAUAUUCUAAAAAUGACUGUGAUAGAAGGAUAAAUGAUCCACGGAGGCGGUUGCUUUUUUAUUAUAUUCGUCAAUACAUACACAACCUGGUCACUAAAGUUUGGAUACUUAAUGCCACGGGAUUUUUGUGUUUUACAAAUAAUAUUGUCAGCAGAAAGCAAACUAGUAACCAAAAUAUUAGAUCUUCGUUUUUGUUCGCUGGUUCGGCCAACAAGACUUUUACCUGCCAAAGGGUACUCAUGACCGGUGGGAUAUGUAUCAUGGAUCCUCGCAACAUGGGGAAGGUAGGAAGACUCUUAACGUCACUAUUUGAAUAUCAAAGUAAAAUGACAGGUUAUGAAAUACCUACCUUUCGCCGAAUAGUCCCAAUAUUCAUAUGGAAGUGCUAUUAUUAAAGUUAAUGGUGAAGAGGUUGUGUGGGUAGAAACUGCUUAAAAAGUUGCCUUCACUUAAACAUAUGCAGUAUGUUUUUGCUUCGUGGCGAUGCAAUUGUUCCGGUUUUUUUCAGUAGCACCACUAUAGUGCACCACAAUGGAAAUUCUCAGCAAUAAAAUAAAGGAGCACGAAAGACAAAUAAUUUGUGUGCAAUGAUGAUAAAAAAGAUACACCCAAGGUGACGCAGCUAAGAGGUUAUUUGCAAUAUCUCGUAGCGACGCGUUUCUUAAUCUGACAAAAUAUUAAUUAAUAUUUUAUUCUGUGACAGAACAAAUACUCUUUUUGGAUGAAUAAAAUCCUGACUUUUGUUCAAGUUCACUUUUUUACUACAGUAUGACAACUGAUCUCGACGCACUGUUACAUCCAAGCGUGCUAAUUUGAAAGAUUUUGAACUUGCAUGAAACUUAAUUGCCUAUAUCUAGAAUAGGAUAUUAGUUUUCUUUGUACUUACACUACGGUUGCAAGUACACAGUUUAUUUGAAAAUGGCCAAUAUGGGUGCAGGUUUUUUUGUUGUAGCACAGCACGUUUUGUAUCAGGUGUCUUACUGCGAAAGCCUGCACCCGCAUCUGCCCUUUUCAGAUAAGAUUGGACGUCCCUGACUUACACCUUUUGUGAGGUUAAUCACCUUGCAAGCCUAAGAGUGCUCUAACUGUGUUUAAUAAGCCAUGGAAAUCAUCCACAUAAAAGCACUUGGCACACAUUCAAGUCGUCUCUACAUUUGGGUUGCCACAACUUAAACACAGAACGUGAAGAGUGAUCAGUGCUCCAGUAAUUAAAAUGUUAAAAAUACGAAAGCAGAAAAUUGGACCCGUUUUUUUAAAUUUUUUUUUUUGCACGUCAUGUCCAGAAAUGAGGUUUGACAGAACGUGUGAUGUUAACAGAAGACAGCAAACAACGUACAAGUCAAACACAGACAAUGUCACCUGACCUCAUCUGUCUUCAAUGGGAGUGUUUGCACUCUAUGUACAGUUCUGUGAAUGCAGCUACAAGCUGCUUCCCCCACCCCCAUCCUACACACACACACAUGUUACAGGAACCCAUCAAUUCUUCUUUAAAGUGUCUGUCACCAUUGUAAAAACAUCAUUGUAUAUACAUCAGUUACAAAAUCAUUUAGUCCUUAACGACACUAAGGAGUUUGUUGACCACUGAAAAAGGGCUGACCUUUUAAUAAGUACAAUUUGUUCCGUACUUAUACGGCGGAGUUCUUAAGACAGAAGGUUAUAUGUACUUUUUGUACUUUAAUACAACAUAAACAAUUUGUAAUUGGUAAUUUAUUCACUGGUGGGUCAGUACAAUUAUAUAUAUAUAUAUAUAUAUAUUUAUGACUCCACUGGGAGACCUCUAAAAUGAAAAGAAUCGUCUAUUCCCAGCCACUAGAUCAGGGAUGCUGAAAUGUGGCCCUUGAAUAUUACCGCUGGUGUUUUCUUCCUGAUAGAUAACUGACUAAUGUCACUGAUUGGGGAAGUAUUAAUGAAAAUCAGCAGUACUAGCAGUACUUGAUGGCAUGGUUUGAGUGUAAAUAUGCUAGAUCAUUUUCAUAGCUUGUUUGAUGUUUGAUGUCUAGUAAGACGAGAAGAGACACCAUUGACUGACAGCUCCCUGGUGCUAUAGAUGGAUAAGAUUGAUUGCAUGUGUGUGUGCUGCAUGUACAUCUGUGUGUGUAUGUGCGUGUUUGUGCAGGUGCGGGUGUGUGUGUGUUUGUGUGUGUGUUUGUAAGGGUGUAUGUGGGUGUGUGUGUGUGUGUGUGUGCUUGGGUAUGGGUGUGUUAAUGUGUGUGUGUUUUUGUGUGUGUGUAUGCGUGUGUAUGUGGGUGUGUGUGUGUGUGUUUUGGUAUGGGUGUCUUAAUGUGUGUGUGUGUAUGUGUGUGUUUGUGCAGGUGCGUGUGAGUGUGUGUUUGUAAGGGUGUAUGUGUGUGUGUGUUUGGGUGUGGGUGUGUUAAUGUGUGUGUGUACUUGUGUGUGUGUGUGUGUAUGCAACAUCCGCAGCAGCCAGCCCACAUCAGUGGAGCAUAAAAACGGCUGAGUUUCCUGUCCAUCUGCUCUCAGCAUUGCAGACCCGCGCAUCCACACACACUUGAGCACUCAAUCACAGGUGUGUUGCUUGAAAAGAUAAGUCACCUUUUGUCACGUGCAAGGAGAUGAAGGUGCUCAACAGAUGCAACUCUGUUGUGGAGCGAGUUCUCAUGGUGGAGCAAAUUCUGUCGGAGUUCCUCCUGAAGAAGGAGGAACUCAAGGAGGUCAUGAGACGCAUGCAACAUGAAAUGGAUCGUGGAUUACGCUUGGAGACACACGACAAGGCUAGCGUGAAGAUGCUACCCACUUAUGUGCGUUCCACCCCAGAGGGCUCUGAGGUGGGAGACUUUUUAGCCCUGGAUCUGGGAGGGACUAAUUUCCGGGUGAUGCUGGUGAAGGUGGGGGAGGACGAGGAGACGGGCUGGAAGGUGGAGACCAAGCACCAGAUGUACUCCAUCCCGGAGGAUGCCAUGACGGGCACGGCUCAAAUGCUCUUCGACUACAUUGCCGAAUGCAUCUCGGACUUCCUGACCAAGCACAACCUCAAGCACAAGAAGCUUCCCCUCGGCUUCACCUUCUCCUUCCCCGUGCGCCACGAGGACUUGGACAAGGGAAUCCUGCUGAACUGGACCAAGGGCUUCAAGGCCUCCGGGGCCGAGGGAAACAACGUGGUGGGCUUGCUCAGAGACGCCAUUAAGAGGAGAGGGGACUUUCAGAUGGAUAUUGUUGCCAUGGUAAAUGACACCGUGGCCACCAUGAUAUCUUGCUACUAUGAGGACCACAGCUGUGAGGUCGGCAUGAUUGUAGGGACGGGCUGCAAUGUGUGCUACAUGGAGGAGAUGCGCACAGUGGAGCUGGUGGAGGGGGAAGAGGGGCGCAUGUGCGUGAACACUGAAUGGGGAGCUUUUGGAGACAACGGCGAGUUGGAGGAGUUCCGCCUGGAGUACGACCGAUUGGUGGAUGAGAUGUCACUCAAUCCUGGCCAGCAGCUCUACGAGAAGCUGAUCAGCGGGAAGUACAUGGGCGAGCUGGUGCGGCUGGUGCUGCUCAAGCUCAUCAACGAAGACCUGCUGUUCAACGGCGAGGCGUCUGACCUGCUGAAGACCAGGGGCAGCUUCGAGACUCGCUUCGUCUCCCAGGUGGAGAGUGACUCUGGGGACCGCAAGCAGAUCUACAACAUCCUGACCACGCUGGGUCUGCUGCCCUCCGAGUUUGACUGCGACGUCGUGCGCCUGGUCUGUGAGAGAGUGUCCACGCGGGCCGCGCACAUGUGCGGGGCAGGGCUGGCGGGGGUCAUCAACCGCAUGAGGGAGCAUCGCAGCCAGGAGGCGCUCAAGAUCACCGUGGGCGUCGACGGCUCCGUCUACAAGCUGCACCCCUGCUUUAAAGACAGGUUCCACGAAAUAGUUCGGGAACUGACGCCUCAUUGUGACAUCACCUUUAUCCAAUCAGAAGAGGGAAGCGGACGGGGUGCGGCACUGAUUUCCGCAGUAGCCUGCAAGAUGGCAGCCUGCAUGUUGGCCCAGUGAGGAUGUCUUACAGCCUCCCACCACUAGAGGAAGCGCAAGAACAUCUUGCUUAAGUGCUUCGUAAUGGAUCACAUACAUUGGCCAUCCUUCCAAGGUUUCAAGCGCUCUCUUAUUGGGGUUUGCCAUUUAAUUCCAAGACUCGUGGGGCACUGCGUGAAGAGGAGUCUCACUUCACAAUGAAGCCGCAGAAGCAUCAGAAAACAUUAGCAGAGCUUUCAAACAUGUUAAGAAACUUGAGUUUGUUAUUAAUUCAGCACUUUCUUAAACUUCACAAGCAUGUUAUUACUUAAAAGAAUUUGGAGGGACAUAUGUCCUAUCCAAGUGUCCACAAUGGUAAAGCAUGUUUGUGAAUACUGUUUGAAUUGCACAGCAGCCACUGUAGUGUUCUGAUAAUGCAGCUAGUAAUGAAACAGUUUGACACCUAUAUGUUCAACAGCCAGUUUGUCAUGCACAGUUGUAAACCGUGUCUAAUGUGGAUGCUAGCUGUGUUAUGGACUUGAGCAUGGUUUUACUGUGCUGAGUCAUAGCAUAAAGAGGGAUGGAAAUUUAAGAGUAUUUUGAAGAGGAAUUUGAAUUUUUUGUUUGUAUUGGAACAACACUUUGGUUUUAAAUGUGGUGAAUUGCAAGGUAAGAAUGGGUAACAAAUGUGAUGCUAAAGCUAUUCCUUACCAACAUAUGAAUUAGCUAUUAUUUUAUUCAGCUAAGUGUUUUCCUUUUCCAAUAGCUAUGUCACUUACACCAAUGUAAGCAUGGUACCCCCUUCUUCUUGGCCCAGUACCUUAGUUGGGGAGUCAUUCUUAUGUUCAUCUGUCUUAUCUGUAAUUGAAACAAAAUCCUAUAUAAUACUUUUCCAGUUUUGUAAUAUAUGGACAUUUUCAAGAUAUGUAAUACAUUAUUUAGCAGCAUGUUAUUUUUAAGAACAGAAUGUGCUUUGAACAUGUGAGAAAUCAUUGUAAAUAAAAUUGUAAAUGGGGAGAUGCUGUCAUAUAAGAACUGCACUGUCUGGACCUUUAUAAUGUCAAUAAAUUCACUCUUGGUUCGCCAA